AUGGCACAGAACCUGUACGGCCCCCGAGUGCGGAUGGGCAACUGGAACGAGGACGUCUACCUGGAGGAGGAGCGCAUGAAAGACUUCCUGGAGAAGAGAGCCAAGGGGCAGCUCCUCAUCCAGAGGAACAGAAGGCUCAAGAGGAACCUUCUGAGACCGAUGCAGCUCUCCGUGUCUAAAGACGGGUACAUCCAUUUUGGUGACAAUGUGAUGCUUGUCAAUCCCGACCAUCCUGAGACGGAAGCCGAGCUGGUGCUGCCCGGCGACCUGAGCCUGUGCAUGACCCCAGAUGAGAUCAGAGCCCACCUGAGUGACGAGCUGGAGGUGCCGUGUGGCCUGAGUGCGGCUCAAACCAGGACCCCGGUGGGCAGGAACACCUUUGCUGUUCUAAGUGCAGGUGGAGACGCCGCAGGUCAAGUCCUUCGCUACGGGCAGGACUUCUGCCUGGGGAUAGCAGGAGGGUUUGACAACACGAUGUUGUAUUUAUCAAGUGACCACAGGACCCUUCUGAAGUCGUCCAAGAGGUCCUGGCUGCAGGAGGUGACGCUGACCGACGACGUCUCCCACCUGAACUGCUGGCAGGCCGCCUUCCUCGACCCCCAGCUGCGCCUGGAGUACGAGGGCUUCCCCAUCCCGGCCAACACAAGGAUCCUUAUCAUUCAUCGUCACACCAACCGGGCGCUGGCCGCCCACCGGCAUCUGUUUUUAAGCACCUACUUUGGAAAGGAGGCCGAGGUCGUGGCUCACACGUACCUGGAUUCGCACAGAGCGGAAAAACCAAAGAACCACUGGAUGCUGGUGACCGGGAACCCCAGGAAUGCCUCGUCCACCAUGCUGGAUCUGCCCCAGCCACCAGCCGAGGACACGCGGGCCGUGGAGCAGGCCAUGGGCCUCACCAUGCAGUAA